GAAGGUGCAGCAGCCAUCACUAUGGUUACUAGGAAUUCAUGCAAAGCGACAUGGGAGAGGAGGAGCCUGAUUACUGAACUGUACUUCCUUACUGAUGUAGUUUACACCACACAUGAUUAACCCUGGUUUCACAACCUCACUUUGCUCUGUGAUAGGAUUGAUGUGAAUGAGCCCUGUUUAAAAAAGGCCAACUGAGACAACGUACCAACACCAGGUUUUUUAUUGCAUUGGGAUUUAUGGAUAUGGACCAAGACUAGAUGUUUGAUAAUAUUUCUUUCUUUGAUACCGACUGUGUGAAUCCAUUUGAGAUGUAAUAUGAAAUUUCGAGGGAAAGAUGCUCUUGAUUCAGAGUAAACUCUUCCGAAAAAUCUGCUGAGGAAGAUGGAUGUUCUAAUAUUCAGUUGAGGCACAGAAUGGACCCAAAUCAUCCAGUCCAGCAGGCUGAUCCAGAUGUACUUCUCCAGAGAGCCAGAUUUUCUAGAAAUUGGAAUACACCUUUCUCAAAGUCAACGUCAAGCUCCAGAACAAUCCUGAACUUGGGCCCAGAAAUUAAGGAGAAAUGCCAAAGGGAAGCUGCCUAUCUCUUCAAGUUGGAGCAAUCCUUCAAGAAUUCACUGACUGAUCUGAAAACUCACAUUCUAAAGCCUCUUGUCAAGGCUGAAACAUCUGAUCAAAAGAACCGGCCACAGUUGAAAGAGGCUCUCCUUGUCUUGGAGGAGAGUCUGGAGGCUCUCUACAUUGAAUCGGAAGAACACUGCUUGCAUCUCGCUGAUACUUUGGACACAUUGACCCGAAAAGAGCUCUAUUUACUCGUAAAUACACAACGGCUCAAGGAAGUUUACAUUCGGUACUUUACAGCGUUCACGAACUAUGUUGUUCUCUGUGGCUUUGAACACAUUGCGAAACAAACAAGGUACGAGUUCAGGGGAAAACGUGAUUAUUGGAAAAAGAACAAGAAAAGUUUGAAAGGAUUUCACCUCGAUUUGUCCACAAAUGCUUCGCUGUCUGUGAGCCUUCACAGAGUCUUCCACGAGCCCAUACGUCUCCAGGUCCAGAAAUACAUCGAUGUGCUCAGGAAACUCAGCUGGGGCUUGCAAAAGAAUCCAGAGACAAAGCACAUUACUGAUGCACUUGCAACCUUUAUAGAUCUGGACAAAUGGAUCCGUCAGUCUCUGGAUGUGGCAACUUUGACCAAGAUUCUGUGGAACUCACUUGGAAGCAAAUUAACAGAGCUUUUGUUUUUGCCAGAGCGACGUCUGAGAGAAGACAGCAAAAAUAUCCCUCUGACCUGCCCAGAUGGCAGGCUUUUGCUCUUUGAUGACAGCCUUGUGGUUAUUCAGGGUUCUGAAAGUAGCAUCUACAAGCUUGACACGCUGUGGGUGGAUAACAUUAGCUCUGAAAGAAAUCAAUUGAAGAUAAUUGUUCCAGAAGAAGAAUUCAUAUUUAUCGUUCAAGAUAUCCAGGAUAAGAUGGUAUGGUUUUGGAAGCUGAACCAAGCCAUUCGGCAGCACUUAGCUGGCAAACUGGAUUUCCCAUUGUGGGGUGAAGAAGGGGCAGAGGAUUCAUACAAUGUGCCUGUUUGUCGUUUUGCUGCCUACACUUAUAACAGCAACCCUCGAUUUAAGGAUGCAAUCUAUGAAGGCAACUGGUAUAAGGGAAAGCCCCAUGGCAGUGGAAUCAUGAAAUGGCCAGAUGGACGGAAUUAUGCUGGAAAUUAUGAAGAUGGUCAGGAACAUGGUUUUGGUGUAUAUGUUGCUCCUGGAGGACCAGAGAUUUUUGAUUGUUAUAAGUGUCACUGGAAAAAAGGGAAGAUGCAUGGCUAUGGCAUCUGUGAGUAUGGAAAUGGAAUGACUUACAAAGGUUAUUUUCAAGACAAUCAAUGUCAUGGAUUUGGAAUUUUACACAGCUCUCGAAUGGAAAAUCUUCCCUUUAAGUAUGUGGGACAUUGGGAGAAUGAUAAGAAAAGUGGAUAUGGAGUAUUUGAUGACCUUGACAGGGGAGAGAGGUACAUUGGCACAUGGCUGGAAGAUUGCAAGCAUGGGAAUGGCAUCGUAAUUACCCAGUCCGGGCUGUGCUACGAGGGAAACUUCCAAUACAAUAAGUUAGUGGGUCCUGGAACAAUUCUGUCAGAGGAUGAUUCUGCCUAUGAAGGGGAAUUCACAGAAGAGCUGCUUCUAACUGGAAAGGGAAAGCUCACCUUUAGUAAUGGAUAUAUCAUAGAGGGACUGUUCAGCAACAAAUGGGGAAGUGGUUUGAAGGCCAAUGGAACAUUCUGCAAACCCACAGAAGAACUAAACCCUUUGGUCACCAGCAAAAUGCAAUUGGGCAGCCACAUAACCCCAGCUAAAGAUCGAUGGCUGGGAAUCUACGACCAAUUUAGUGAUUUCCUUAGUUCUGGCUCUGAUGAAACUUCAAUGGAAUCCUUCCUUGGGUUUUACUCAAAGAACAGAGAACGACAGAAAAAUCGGAACAGCAGGGCAGUAACUACAGAAGCGGAAAAUGCCAUGGAACAUUCCACUGAAGAUCCUCUUGAUUUUUUGUCUUGCAGUGGGUCAAAUAGUACCACCCCUGAGACUCUCCCGCCAAACCAAUGUAACUACGCUGAGGGGAAACAGUUGAAGGAGUACCUGAGUGAGGCCUUUGCAUCUUCUCGUCAUCCUCUUGGAAAACUACUCCAGACAUUAAUUCUAGUAUUUCAGGAGACAUAUUCUGGAAUCUGUAUGCAUAAACGGUUACUCUCGAUGGCACAGCAGGAAGUUGUAUCACAUGCUAAGAAACUCUUUGAGCUAGCAAGCUACUUCUUGCCCAAGUCACUGGAGAAUGACCAUUCCUCUACUGAAGGUACAACCAGAGAUCAUUUAAAUGCUUACACAGUGACACUUCCCCUGAUCUUGCCACGGUUCUAUCCUGAUCUCUUCAUGCUGUAUAUGUUGUACCAUGAGACAGAAGAUUCACUGUACUGGAAGGGAAUACUGCAUCUGGAACUUCUUUCUGACACCAAGCUGCUGGAAUUCCUCGAGGUACAAAAGGACUUGUGGCCUCUUCAAGACAUCCAUCUGACAAGCAAACAGAGAAUCUCUGUUGUGAAAGACGUCUGCUUCACUUCUGCCAUCUUAUGUUUCCAAAAAAUAAGUACUACAGCAGACCCUCAGGAAAAGCUGAAUACCAUCAUGAAAACGUAUUAUGAGAUAGAGGGCACAGUGACUCGAGUGCUAAACAGAAAGUACAGUCUCUCCAUGGAUGACCUGCUGCCGUUACUUGUUUACGUGGUUUCCAGGGCAAGAAUCUUGCAUUUGGGUGCAGAACUCCACUUGAUACGAGACAUGAUGGAUCCUUCCACUGAGGGUGGAAUGAAUGACUUCUUGCUUACUGCUCUUGAUUCUUGCUAUCAGCACAUUCAAAAAGAGGAAAUACGGUCCAGGAGCUUGCCAAAAUGAUGUCUAACAACACAAAAGAAAUACUUCGACCAAGGAAUGCAAGAUGAACAACACUACAGCAAUAUUAGAGUGUGAACAUUGAAUGCUAUUGAAGGAGAGCAACUCCUUCACCACCACGUCAUAUGAAACUACAAAUUGAAUCAGGCAAAAUCUAAUCUAUUACUGGGAAGAUCCCCCAGACUUGAAGCUUAAAUUUGCUUUAAGUGAUUUCUCAUUAACUUGCAAAAUGUUUUGCACAUCUGUAAGUAGAAGGUGGGAAAAGGUUACCAAAAAAAGAGAGAGGCUAGAUGAUAGUGACAGGUAAGGCAAUUAUUAUUUGAAAAAAGUAAAAUUAAGGUUUUCCAUUACAAUUUGUUAGGAGGUUUUUCAGCUUCUAACAAUGAAUUAAAGUGUCAGUUCCAGUGCUUCCAGGGAAUGAGUAAUGCGUGACCUGACUAAUAAAUUACAUGGAUUGCCAUUUAAAAGAAAACUGUUUCACUAAUCAUAGAAAUCUAAAAAUCAUAAUAUGUUUCAGAGAAGGAAACCCCUUUCCUUACUCAGGAUAUAAUAUAAUUCCAGUUGCACAAAACUAAAGAAAUGUUAGUGAAGUCCAGAACAAGACCAUUCAGCCCAAUGUCUCUUAAAAUCUUAUUCAACUUUCUAGCACCUAAUCUGUAAUCUCACAGGUUACAGAAUUUCCGAUGCCGAUCCAGGUGCUUUUAAAACAAGUUGAGUGUUUCUGCCUCCACCACCAAACAUAACAGCAAGUUCCAGACACCCACCACCCUCUGAAUGGAAACAGUUUUUCUAAUGGCCCCUCUAAUCCUUCUACCAAUUAGCUUAAAUAUGGGCACCAGAGGUCCAUCUGUAAGUGGCCCUUAAAAUGUGGCGGCUAAUAAAGGGCACACAACUAGAGUUGGGAAUAAAUUCUAACACUACCAGGUUCCUGAGAACAAGUAAAUAAAAUAAACCAUGAGAUCAUAAGACACAGUUGCAAAAGUAGGCCAUUCAGCCCAUCAGGUCAGUGCUGCUAUUCAAUGAGAUCGUAAUAAUUCAAUAAUCAUCAAAUCAAUUUUUCUGGAUUUUCCCAUAACCUUUGAGCCACUUACUGAUUAAAAAUCUAUCUCAGCCUUGAAUACACUUAACAAUCUAGCCUCAGCAGCCCUCUAUCUUAAAGAAUUCUACAGUCACUUCCCUCUGAAAGAGGGAAUUCCUCCUCUUCUCUGCCUUAAAUAGUCAACCCCUGCCUCUGAGAUUAUGCCCUCUGGUCCUAGUUUCUCGUACAAAGAGAAAUAACCUUUCAGCAUUGAUCUUGUGAAGCCCACUGAUAAUGUCAUAUAUUUUAAUAAGGUUAACCCCAAUUCUUGUAAACUCCAAUGAGUACAAGCUCAACCUACUCAACCUUUCCUCAUAAGACAAUCUCUCCAUACUCAGAUUAUCAAGUGAACCUUCUCUGGAAUGUUUCCAAUGUACCUUUCCUUAGACAACAGGACCAAAACUCUUCACGCUAGCACAGGUCUGGUUUGACUAGUCUAGUAUCUGUUUUCUAGCUAAAAGUGCAACUUGCAGACUGCAGAGAAAAUGGGUGCAAACAAUGUGGAAUAUUAGGCCAAUGGUGUGCAGGAACAGUAACGUAAUGCUACAUAGCAGUGAAGAAUGCACUGAAGUUCAUUAACUAAGGAUCCAUUGAAUUCUUUGUAAAUUUUGUUUGAUUUAUGCAAUAUUGAUUAUAAUGGUUUUUAUAAUGAUGUCUGAACUCACCAAUUGAGUAGGAAUCUUAUACAGCAUUUGCUAAAGGGAAUUGUGUUACAGUUGCUGUUCAUUUGUCAUUUUAUUUCUGUGCUGAUUGCACACGUUGGAAGGAAAGUGAAUGCUUCAGCACAGCUAUCAAGAUUUGCAAAGAAUGAACAAAGGCAAAUUUAGGGACACAGGUGAAGAAAAUGCAUGACUAUAGAGACAACACUGUGGUCUGAUCAAAUUAAAAUGGUUAGCAUUCAUCUUCUGUUAAAACAGAACUAAUGUAUUAUUUAAAUGCUAUGCCAAUUCAUUGUUCUCCAUUAUCAGUUCUCCCAUUCAGACUGUAAGCAGCCUAAAUUUGACUACACUAAUCUUUUUUGCACAUACUUGCAGAAACUCUUACAAUCUGCUUUUAUGGUCUUUAAAAAUUUACUCUAAACUUAUUUUUCUCCUUUCAAUCCACUUCUAGGCCUUCCUUUGACGAACUCCAAUUGCUUCCAGUACUUUGGCUUGCUACUUUUUCUCCCAUCUUCAUAUGAUUCUCCUCUAGAGUCUAAUAUUAUUCUUCAUUUUUUUAUUAGUCAUGGUUGGGUGACUUAAACUGUUGUGUACUAAAUCAUUGAAAUAAAUAUAAAACUUUGGGGCAUAUUCUCGGUAUUCAAGGUACUGAUGGAUCCCAGACUUGCUUAUAAAGCACUAGAGAAGAGCUACUCAAAUUGGAGGUUACUGGAAUGGAUGGUCAUUCCUUUGCCUCUUCUUUUGUCUUGUGUUGUUGGUCUUAAAUCUCUGCUUAGCUUUUAAUUAGUGCUUAUUUUUUGCAAGGCAAAAGUGAGGACUGCAGUUGCUAGAAACCAGAGUCUAGAUUAGAAUGGUGCUGGAAAAGCA